CACCCCAGGUGAAGCUCUCUGCAAAGAGCCUUAUUGGGGGGCUGCCUCCUUGGGGUGUUCCCGUUGGCACCAGGUCUUCCCUCCUUCUGAUUGGGUGCAGCCAGGCUCUUGAGCUAAUGAUUAUGGGAUCUAAUGAGACUUUGACCGGAUUUAUUUGGCGUCUCAGCCCAGUAUCUGAAUUCCUUCUUGAAAGACGCCUGUCAGUUGCUUCCUUUGGGAACGCCGGUCUUCUCCCACCACCAGGAAACCUUGCGAGGGCGCUGCGGCGACAGGCGGAGCAGCCGGGCAUGGCGGACGGCCGGACGAUGCCCAAGGACCGAGUCCUGACUCUGGAGUCCAUGAACCCCCAUGUCCGGAUGGUGGAGUACGCCGUGCGGGGGCCCAUCGUUGCCCGGGCCAACCAGCUGAAGAAGGAGCUGAUGCAGGUCAGCGCCCUCUGCAUGUAUCCUGACCUCCUGAAUUCCCCCGAUAUCCCUGAAGAUGCGAAGCAGAAAGCUCAGCGGCUCCUGGCCGCCUGCGGAGGGCAGAGCAUUGGUGCUUACAGUGCCAGUCCUGGGAUUGAGCUCAUCCGUCAGGAUGUGGCUGCCUUCAUCCAGUGCCGAGAUGGGGGAAUCCCCUCUGACCCACAGAACAUCUACCUGUCUACGGGGGCCAGCAGCGCUGUUGUGGCGGUCCUGAAGCUGCUGGUCUCAGGGGAGGGGUCUUCCCGGACAGGCGUGAUGAUUCCCAUCCCCCAAUACCCGCUCUACUCAGCCACCCUGGCGGAACUCAACGCGCAGCAGAUCAACUACUACCUGGACGAGGACCAUUGCUGGGCUCUGAGCAUUGAGGAGCUGCGGAGGGCGCUGGGCCAGGCGCGGAGGCGUUGCCGGCCGCGGGUUCUCUGCGUCAUCAACCCGGGCAACCCUACAGGUCAAGUCCAAAGCCGCAAAUGCAUCGAGGAGGUCAUCCACUUCGCUUGGGAAGAAGGCCUCUUCCUCAUGGCCGACGAGGUGUACCAGGACAACGUCUACGCGGAGGGCUCCCAGUUCCACUCCUUCAAGAAGGUCCUUUUCGAAAUGGGUCCCAAGUACUCGGAAGCGGUGGAGCUGGCCUCCUUCCACUCCAUCUCCAAGGGCUUCAUGGGCGAGUGUGGUUUCCGUGGAGGUUACAUGGAAGUCAUUAAUAUGGACCCUGAAGUCCAGCAGCAGCUGACCAAGCUGGUGUCUGUCCGCUUAUGCCCACCUGUGACUGGCCAGAUUCUCCUGGACGCCGUGGUCAACCGGCCCCAGCCAGGAGACCCCUCCUACCAGCGCUUCAGCCAGGAAAAGUCCGAUGUGCUGGGCGCUCUGGCCAGGAAGGCCCGGCUGACCGAGGAGAUCUUCAACCGGGCGCCCGGGAUCCAUUGCAACCCGGUGCAGGGGGCCAUGUACGCCUUUCCCCGGAUCGAGCUGCCCGUCCGGGCCGUGCAGGAGGCUCAGGCCCUGGGCCAGGCGCCCGACAUGUUCUUCUGCCUCCGGCUGCUGGAGGAGACGGGCAUCUGCGUGGUGCCCGGCAGCGGCUUCGGCCAGAGAGAAGG